AUGCAGCUCUUCCUGGCCAAGAAGGGUGGCGCGUGGCUGACGGAGGCAUACGUGAAUGAUGGUGAGGUUAUCGAGCAUGCGGAAGCCUCAGUUGGUGUUUGCUUUGAGCGGACCGUGGUUCUACUGGCCUACUACUUUUAUCGGAGAUGA